UGGGGUAGCCGGGUGUUCUUUUAGUAAAAAUAGAAGUAUUUGUAGUUAAAGUGUAGACGUUAGCUAUAGGAGUUAACUUUAUUACAUUCGGACGAUGGCAGAUGUAGAAACGGACCCGGGGCCCGGGGAAAAGGAGGCUAACAAGCCCCCGAGCCCAAAGCCGGACACAGAACAAGGGGAGGUUGGCCCACCACUUGUGUCCACUACCAAGAAAGAUGAAAAGAAGAAACCAAUGCCGUCAAAAACAGCAGCUGCGGCAAAGGGGCCGGCCAAGAAAAAUGUGGUCCUUACUGGUGAGGCUAUGAAGGAGAUGCAGAAACAGGCUCGACAAGUUCGAGAGGAGCGCAAGUCCCAGAAUGCAAUGUUGGUUGAUGCACGACACAAGCACAUCUUCAAGCAGGUGGGAGAUGCCCUCGGCCUGGAGGACUCCCAAGUGGAAGACCAUAUCCUGUCUGACGAAAAUUUUGGGUUGUUUGAGAAGUUUUUUGUUGUGGACGGUACGAGGAAGCUCAUGUUUUUCUACCAGGAUGUCCAGAAGGCGAGCUCUUCCACGCCCACCAAGAAACUCUUCCUGACCGGUGGUGAUACUGAGGGAUGUCGCGGAAUGUGCCUGUACUUCUUGCGUACAACCAACAAAGCGAUCCAGCCAAACAACAUCGGCAAUGAGGUGAACUUCGGCAUGAUGGAUUGUACAAGUGGCAAGAUAUUGAAGGGGCUGGAAGGGCACCUGUCCAAUGUUGUCCUGCCUGCACUCCGCUCACUGGAGCAAUGGGGUGACAUGGAGAAUGGCAAGGGGAACAAUGCACAGAUCGAGGAUUUCCUGGAACAAUUGGAGAAAUUCAUUACCAACCUGAUGGCAGCACUCUCCAACAUGGAGGGACAGAUCAAACUGGAGGAGAACGGCAUCAGUACCAUUAUUGAUGGCAUCGAGUCCCCUGCUGACUACCAGUCUGUCGCGGGAAACACAGAGUACCUUGAGAAGCUUGAGAACCUGUGUGAGCAGUGGUCGAAGCAGAUUGAACAGGUGCUUGCCGAGAGUGAACAGAUGAGACGGGAGGCUGACGACAUCGGGCCUACGGCAGAACUCAACUACUGGAAGUCACGCAUGGCCAAGUUCAACAACCUGUUGGAGCAAAUGAAGAGCCCACGUGUGAAGGCUGUUCUGGGCGUGCUGCAGGUGGCCAAGUCCAAGUCCCUCCGCAGGUGGAAGGAACUGGAUGGCUACAUCACAGACUACGCCAAUGAGGCCAAGGACAAUGUGAAGUACCUGUACACCCUGGACAAGUUCUUUGGACCCCUCGUCAAGUGUACUCCGGCUUCUAUGAUUGAGCACAUCCCGAGCCUGAUGAAUGCUAUCCGGAUGAUCUACAGUAUCUCGCAGUACUACAACACAUCUGAGCGCAUGACCUCCCUGUUCGUCAAGGUCACGAACCAGAUGAUCACCACGUGUAAACACUACAUCAUGCAUGACGUCACCAAAAUUUGGGAACACAAGAGGCCUGUGGUGUUGCAGCGUCUAAACGAGUGCACGCAACUCAAUGAAGAGUACCAGAAGCAGUUUCAGCGUACCAAGGAAAAGCUCAAACAAAACCCCAACGAGAAACAGUUUGAGUUCAGUGAGAACUACAUCUUCGGCAAGUUUGACACGUUCUGCAAGCGUCUUGAGCGGAUAGCGGACAUGAUCAACACAAUAGAGAUGUUCUCCGGGCUCGGGGAGGUGAAAAUUGAGGGGAUUGACAUAAUUGUUGUCAAAUACAAGACCAUUGUGGAUAAUGCCAAGAAGAAGAACUACGAUAUUCUGGACCACAGGAAGGCAGAGUUUGACAACGAUUACCUAGAUUUCCGUAACCAGAUUGAGAACCUGCGUGCAAUGUUGCAGAACUUCAUGGACACCUGGUUCCAGAGACCUCUCACGACUGAGAAAGCGAUUGAUCUUCUGAACAAGUUUGAGGCGAUUGCUGGCUCUAAUCUGGACAUGAAUGAGAAGUACACCAAGGUUCUCAUGAACUACGGGCGUGACCUUGAAUCCAUCCGUAAACUCUACCAGAAGUUCAAACAAGAGCCCAUGAUACCCCGCAACCUGCCGCCAGUUGCAGGCAAGAUUGCCUGGGCUCGUCAGCUCUACCGGAAGAUUGAGAACCCCAUGAAGGCCUUUAAGACAAAGCCCGUCAUUCUCAAGUCUUCUGAGGCCAAGAAGAUUGUCAGGAAUUACAACAAGAUGGCUGGGGUGCUCAUGGAGUAUGAGAUGCUGUACCAUCGUGGCUGGCUGCGUGCUGUUGAAGCUGCCAAGUCUGGUCUCAAUGCCUCCCUGCUGAUCCGCCACCCUGACUCUGGCGAACUGUUUGUGAACUUUGAUCCCCAGGUCAUGGAGCUGAUACAGGAAGCCAAGUGCCUCCAGGCUAUGAACCUUGAGGUACCAGAGACAGUGAAGGGUCUUCAGACAAAGGAGGAGGAGAUCAAGCAGAACAAUGUAGACCUGACAGAUAUGCUUCGCGAGUACAAGAGGAUCCUGGGAAGCAUCUCGCCUGUGUUGGUGCCACUCAUGAAGCCAUACAAGGACAAAGUGGAGGAGGAGCUCCUACCAGGGGUUAUGUCCCUUACUUGGACUUCCCUAAACGUGACUGAAUACAUUUCCAAGACCUACAAGGUGAUGAGGGAUCUAGACAAACUGUCUAAGACUGUCCAUGACAUCCUGGAGUGCCGUAUUGAUGCUGUGCUUGAGGACAUGUCUGCCACCGCCCUCUGCGAACUCCCCGAAGAUGAGGCCAUUACCAUGGAGAAGUUCCUUGAUAUCACCAAUGAGGUCGUAGCUAACGCUUCCAAGUACCUGGCUAACCAGAGCCAUCUGGUGGAGACAGCAGUAUAUGACCUUGUGGCCCAGCUUCAGGCUGGUCUGCCAGAGGAGGACCGUAAAAACCUGGUCCCAGAGGAGGGGUACCAGUGUUACCAGCCUGACCACAAGAACAAGAAGGCGAGGUGUCAGGAGUGCAUUGCCUGUAGCUACUUCACCCUCCUCAACUACUUCACCCAGCGUAACACUGAAGCUCUUGUGAAAGGUACCCGCCUGUCUCUGGAUGCUAUCAAACGUCGUCUGCAGACAUCCAACAAGUACACUAAGGACGAAGACAAGGAUGAUCAGAAGAUCCCGCUGUUCUGUGCCGAGAUUGUGCUCCAAAUUCCCAAUGUUGUGAUGAAACCGAGCCUUGAUGACCUACAGCACUCCCUUAACAAAGCUGUGCAGGUCAUUCUGAAGGCCUCCCAGGAUAUCCCACAGUGGGAGCACUUGAUCAUCAACCAGAGGCAGCAGCAGAAGCGAGCUUUGUCGAUCAAGGAGAUGGAAAUUGCUGCUGGCGACCAGGCGGAUGAAGGAACAAUCAUGAAGCCAACGUCGGUGAUCAAGCCGCUGAACAAGAUCAUCAGCGAGCAUAAGGAUGUGGUGAAGAUCGUGAUUCAGCUGAACUCGAUCAUCUCGACCUUUAAGACAGACGUCCAUGAGGUGGUGGAGGGAUUUGCCCACUACAGCCACCUGUGGGAGAAGAGCCCGGAGGAAGCUGUCAAGGAGUUCAUGGAGGAAAAGCCCAUUAUGUCCGAGAUGGAGCAGAAAAUCAAGUACUACCAGCGUCUGGAGACUGAGCUAGAGGAGAUCCAGCCCUCAUACCGCGUGGGCUCCGUGACCUUCAUGUCCGACCCCCUAAAGCUUGCCCUGAUCACCGAGGCCCGUAACUGGAAACUGGCGUUCUCCAAGGCCCUGAACGACAAGUGUGCCCAGGACAUGGAUGAGAUUCUAGACUUCACAGAUAACCAGAUGAAGAAGCUGUCCCGCCCAGUGAAGGACCUUGACGACAUUCGCUCCCAAAUGGCCUCCCUUGCAGAGAUCCGCGAGGCUUCAAUCCGUAUUGACAUGACAAUCCAGCCAAUUGAAGAGGCAUAUGCUAUGCUAAACAAGUACAACAUUUUCUUCAACGACGGCAAUGCUGAGAGAGUGGACUCGCUGUCGUAUGGCUGGAAGAAGCUGAACACCCAGUCUCGUGAGGUGCAGGACAACCUCCUUGAGAUUCAACCCCAGUUCAAGGCCAACCUGCUGUCUGGCGUGGAGCAAUUCAUGGUGGACCAGACCGCGUUUGUCAGUGACUAUGACGUCACGGGCCCCAUGGUUGAUGGUAUCGAGCCUCGCGAGGCGUCAGACCGCCUCAACAUCUUCCAGGCCAAGUUUGACGAGCUGUGGCGCAAGUACAUCACCUACUCUGGCGGGGAAGAACUCUUUGGCCUUGCUGUGACCCCGUACCCUGAGCUACAGAGGAUCAAGAAGGAGUUGAACUUGCUACAGAAGCUUUACUCACUGUACAAUGUGGUUUUGGAGAACGUGAACGGCUACCAGGACAUCACCUGGGUGGAAAUCGACAUUGAGAAGAUCAACAACGAACUGCUUGACUUCCAGAACAAGUGCCGUAAGCUUCCUAAGGCUCUGAAGGAAUGGCAAGCUUAUGAGGAGUUGAAGAAGACGAUUGACGACUUCAACGAGACUUGUCCCCUGCUUGAGAUGAUGGCAAACAAGGCUAUGAUGACCCGCCACUGGGAGAGAAUCUCACAGAUCACAGGACACUCAUUUGAUGUGGAUGCGGAUAAUUUCUUACUACGUAACAUUAUAGAUGCCCCUCUGCUGCAGAACAAGGAAGAUAUUGAAGAUGUGUGUAUCUCGGCAGUGAAAGAGAAGGACAUUGAAGCCAAGUUGAAGGUUGUAGUUAAUGACUGGAGCACACAGACUCUUCAGUUUGGCAACUUCAAGACUCGUGGGGAGCUACUGCUUAAAGGUGAUACCACGUCAGAGACAGUGGCAUUGAUGGAAGACAGCUUGAUGGUGCUCGGCGGCUUGCUGAGUAACCGUUAUAAUGCCCCCUUUAAGCCGAAGAUCCAGGAGUGGGUCCAGAAACUUACGGGAACCACAGAGAUCAUUGAGAACUGGCUCGUUGUGCAGAACCUCUGGAUCUACCUGGAGGCUGUGUUCGUAGGCGGUGAUAUCGCCAAGCAGCUGCCUCAGGAAGCGAAGAGGUUCAGCAACAUUGACAAAUCCUGGCUGAAGAUCAUGCAGCGUGCGCAUGAGAACCCCAAUGUUGUCCAGUGCUGUGUGGGGGACGACACCAUGAUGCAGCUGCUUCCCCACUUGCUUGAACAGCUGGAGAUCUGUCAGAAAUCGCUGACAGGAUAUCUUGAGAAGAAACGUCUUGUCUUUCCCAGGUUCUUCUUCGUGUCCGACCCGGCCCUGCUGGAGAUUCUCGGUCAGGCUAGCGACUCCCACACCAUUCAGAACCAUCUGCUGUCAGUGUUUGACAACACACGCCUUGUGACGUUUGAUGAGAAGGUUUACGACAAGAUUCUUGAGAUCAACUCCCAGGAGGGGGAGACAGUGCCACUGGAUGCUCCAGUUAUGGCUCAGGGCAAUGUGGAGGUCUGGCUUGGUGAACUGCUGAACACAUCGAAGCGAUCAAUUCACGGUAUUAUCCGUAUGGCCAGUAUUGCCAUGGGAGAUCCUUCCUUCAACCUCAUCGAGUUUGAAAAUGACUACCCUGCACAGAUUGGUCUUCUGGGCAUCCAGAUGCUUUGGUCACGUGACGCAGAGGAGGCUCUCACAAACGCACGCACAGACAAGAAAGUGAUGCAGAAUACAAACCAGAAAUUCACGGACAUGCUCAACACACUGAUCCAGAUGACCACACAGGAGUUGAAGAAGAUUGAGAGGACAAAGUAUGAGACCCUGAUCACCAUCCACGUCCACCAGAAAGACAUCUUCGAUGACUUGGUGAAGAUGCACAUCCGAUCACCUGGAGACUUUGAGUGGCUUAAACAGUCCCGGUUCUACUUUAUUGAGGACACUGACAAGUGCCAGAUCUCCAUCACUGACGUAGACUUUAUCUACCAGAACGAGUUCCUUGGGUGUACCGAGCGUCUUGUGAUCACACCACUUACUGACAGAUGUUACAUCACCCUGUCCCAGGCUCUGGGCAUGUCCCUGGGAGGCGCCCCGGCCGGGCCUGCUGGUACCGGUAAAACAGAGACAACAAAGGACAUGGGUCGCUGUCUCGGCAAAUAUGUGGUCGUCUUCAACUGCUCCGAUCAGAUGGACUUCAGAGGUCUUGGAAGAAUUUACAAGGGUCUUGCCCAGUCUGGCUCCUGGGGUUGCUUUGACGAGUUCAACCGUAUUGAGCUGCCUGUGUUGUCUGUGGCUGCCCAGCAGAUCGCCAUUGUCCUGCUGUGUAAGAAGGAGAGGAAGUCGUCGUUCAUCUUCACUGACGGAGAUAACGUUGACAUGGACAUGGAGUUCGGCAUCUUCCUUACCAUGAACCCCGGUUAUGCUGGAAGACAGGAGUUGCCAGAGAACCUGAAGAUCAACUUCCGUACAGUGGCCAUGAUGGUCCCCGACAGAGGCAUCAUUAUCCGUGUGAAGCUUGCUGCUUGUGGUUUCCAGCAGAACAUAAUUCUAGCCAAGAAGUUCUUCACUCUCUACAAACUGUGUGAGGAACAGCUCACCAAGCAGGUGCAUUACGACUUUGGUCUGCGUAACAUCCUGUCUGUGCUGCGUACCCUCGGAGCAUUCAAGCGUGCAAACCCUGACGAUGCUGAGAUGGUCUGCGUCAUGAGAGUCCUGCGUGACAUGAACCUCUCCAAGCUGGUUGAUGAAGAUGAGCCCCUGUUUAUGUCGCUGAUUGAUGAUUUAUUCCCUGGAAUUGUCCUCGACAAGGCAGGCUACCCAGAGAUGGAGGCCUCCAUCGAGAAAAAGGUUGCAGAGGCGGGGCUGAUUCACCAUGCCCCCUGGGUGUUGAAGCUCAUUCAGCUGUUUGAGACUCAGCGUGUACGUCACGGUAUGAUGACCCUCGGACCCUCCGGUGCAGGCAAGACCAAGUGUAUCCACACACUCAUGAAGUCAAUGACAGACGUUGGCGAACCUCACAAGGAAAUGCGUAUGAACCCAAAGGCCAUCUCAGCCCCACAGAUGUUCGGGCGUCUAGAUGUGGCAACUAAUGACUGGACGGACGGAAUCUUCUCCACUCUUUGGAGGAGGACUCAUAAAACUAAAAAGGGUGAACACGUGUGGCUUGUACUUGACGGUCCAGUGGACGCUAUCUGGAUUGAGAACCUCAACUCUGUACUGGAUGACAACAAGACCCUCACCCUCGCUAACGGUGAUCGUAUCCCUAUGGCGCCAAACUGUAAGAUCAUCUUUGAGGUACACAACAUUGAUAACGCCUCCCCUGCCACCGUGUCCCGCAACGGUAUGGUGUUCAUGAGCAGCUCCAUUCUCGACUGGGAUCCUAUUUUGAAAGGUUGGCUGUUGACAAGGUCUGCAAGCCAGCAGACUAUAAUCUUCGAUGUGUUUGAGCAGCUGUUCCCUGUCCUCUACACCAACAUCGUACAGUUCAUGGAACCAAAGAUGGAUGUGUUGCAGUGCAACUACAUUCGUCAGGCCAUUGACCUCCUGGAGGGACUGAUUCCAAAACGUGACGAUAACAAGGAAAUCCCCAAGGACCAUCUCGAGAAACUCAUCGUGUUUUCUCUCAUGUGGUCACUUGGUGCCCUACUUGAACAGGCUGACAGGAAAAAGGUUGAAGACUUGAUCAAACAAAACAGCUCGGUGCCCAUGCCCACAUUUGAAGGCGAGGACACGAUAUUUGAGUACGUAGUCGGUGAGACUGGGCAGUGGGAACACUGGUCAGACCGUGUACCACAGUACUUGUACCCCGACUCAGAAAUCCCCGAGUAUACAAGCAUCCUUGUACCGAACGUUGAUAACGUGAGGACAGACUUCCUCAUCGACACAAUCUCCAAGCAGGGCAAAUCUGUCCUGCUCAUUGGUGAACAGGGCACAGCAAAGACAGUGAUGAUCCAGGGCUUUUGUGGGAAGUAUGACCCUGAGCUUCACAUGUUCAAGAGCUUCAACUUCUCGAGUGCGACCACGCCGUUCAUGUUCCAGCGCACUAUUGAGGGGCUCGUGGACAAACGUAUGGGCACCACUUACGGUCCCCCAGCUGGCAAGAAGAUGACAGUGUUCGUUGAUGACAUUAACAUGCCUAUCAUCAACAACUGGGGAGAUCAGAUCACGAACGAGAUAACACGUCAGAUGAUUGAGUGGAAGGGUUUCUUCAACCUUGAGAAACCUGGUGAGUUCACCAACAUUGUGGACAUUCAGAUGAUGGCAGCCAUGAUCCAUCCCGGGGGAGGCCGUAAUGACAUCCCUCAGAGACUCAAGCGACACUAUAAUAUCUUCAACUGCACCCUCCCGUCUAACAGCUCCAUUGACAAGAUCUUCUUGACCAUUGGCCAGGGCUACUUCAUCACGAAACGUGGCUUCCCAGAGGAGGUGACAGAGAUGAUUGGAAACCUGGUGUUGGCGACAAGGAAAAUCUGGCAGAAGACAAAGAUAAAGAUGUUGCCCACGCCGGCCAAGUUCCACUAUGUUUUCAACUUGAGAGAUCUCUCCAGAGUCUGGCAGGGCAUGCUUAACUGUACCAGCGAGAUUGUGACCAGCAUUGGCCUUCUCAUGUCGCUAUGGAAACACGAGUGUUUCCGUGUGAUCUGUGACAGAUUCACAGAGAUGACAGACAAAGACUGGUUUGAGAAAAACAUCAAACAGGUUGCGGAGGAGGAGUGUGGUGUUGCCGCGGCAACUGACAUGGCACCAGAGCCGUACUUUGUGGACUUCUUCAGAGAUGCUCCAGAACCUACAGGUGAUGAGCCUGAUGAUGCUGAUCUCGAUGCUCCGAAGAUUUACGAGCCGAUUCCAUCCCUGAAUGAGCUAGCAGAAAAGCUGAACGGUUACAUGGAGCAGUACAACGAGACAGUUAGAGGCGGGAAGAUGGAUCUUGUAUUCUUCAAGGAUGCCAUGACAAACCUGGUGAAGAUAUCCCGCGUGAUUCGCACACCUCGAGGCCAUGCACUGCUGGUGGGUGUGGGCGGGUCCGGCAAACAGAGUUUGACUCGCCUGGCAUCCUACAUUGCCACAUACAAGACCUUCCAGAUCACACUCUCAAGAUCGUACAACGUGAGCAACCUGAUGGAUGACUUGAAGUACCUGUACCGCACAGCUGGCCAGGAGGGACAUGGUAUCACAUUCCUUUUCACAGACCAGGAGAUCAAGGAUGAAGCCUUCCUUGAAUACAUGAACAACAUUCUCUCAUCUGGAGAGGUGUCUGGUCUGUUUGCCCGUGAUGAGAUGGAUGAGAUUCUCAAUGAGCUGAUAGCCACCAUGAAGAAGGACUUUCCACGGCGACCACCAUCAAAUGAGAACCUGUAUGAAUACUACCUGAGUCGCUGCAGGCAAAACCUACAUCUGUGUCUCUGUUUCUCACCUGUUGGUGAGAAGUUCCGUUCCCGCUCCCUGAAGUUCCCGGGGCUGAUAUCUGGCUGUACAAUGAACUGGUUCCAGCGCUGGCCCAAGGAUGCCCUCAUCGCAGUGUCCAACCACUUCCUCUCCAGCUACGACAUUGUGGCCACUCCUGCCGUGAAGAGUGCCGUUGUCAAUACCAUGGGUGUCUUCCAGGACCUGGUGGCUGAGCAGUGUAUUGAGUACUUCCAGCGGUUCCGUCGUCAGACAUAUGUGACACCAAAGUCAUACCUGUCCUUCAUUGCUGGCUACAAGGAGAUCUAUGGCCAAAAGAGGGGAGAGAUUGGCAUUCUGGCUGAAAGAAUGAACACAGGUCUAAAGAAGCUAGUGGAAGCCUCAGAAUCAGUCAAUGAGCUGUCGAAGGAACUAGCUGUGAAGGAAAAGGAGCUGGCAGUUGCCUCCAAGAAGGCUGAUGGUGUGUUGGCCGAAGUGACAGUCAGUGCCUCCGCUGCGGAGAAGGUCAAGGCUCAGGUCCAGGUGGUCAAGGACAAGGCCCAGAACAUUGUAGACACCAUCAAUGCUGACAAGGUUGUGGCUGAGGCCAAGCUGGAAGCUGCUAGACCGGCCUUGGAAGAGGCUGAGGCGGCUCUACAGACCAUUAAGCCAGCUCACAUUUCCACUGUGCGUAAGCUGGCCAAGCCACCACAUCUGAUCAUGAGAAUCAUGGACUGUGUGUUGCUGCUCUUCCAAAAGCGUGUUGAUGUAGUCCAGAUGGACCCAGAGAGGCCCUGUGUGAAACCCUCGUGGAGUGAAGCUCUAAGGCUCAUGUCUGCUGGAAACUUCCUCCAGGGCCUCCUUAACUUCCCCAAGGAUACCAUUAAUGGAGAGACUGUGGAGUUGCUAGCCCCAUACCUAGGAAUGGAAGACUACAAUCUGGAAGGUGCCCGCAAGGUGUGUGGUGAUGUUGCCGGUCUUGCUGCAUGGACACGGGCCAUGAGCUUCUUCUACAGUAUCAACAAGGAAGUCCUGCCCCUCAAGGCUAACCUGGCAGUUCAGGAGGCUAGGCUUGCUGUAGCCAUGCAGGAUCUUAACGAUGCCCAGGCCCAGCUGGAUGAGAAGAAUGCAGAGCUCGCCAAGGUCAUGGCUAUGUAUGACGCUGCAAUGGCAGAGAAACAGGCUCUGGUGGAUGAUGCUGAAGCUUGUAGGAGGAAGAUGACGAAUGCAACGGCCCUCAUUCAGGGUCUUGGAGGGGAGAGGGUCAGAUGGACCGCCGCCAGUAAGGGUUUCGAGUCUCAGAUACAGCGCCUCGUUGGUGAUGUGUUACUGAGUACAGGUUUCCUGUCGUACUGCGGGCCGUUCAACCAGGAGUUCCGUACCCUGCUCAGCAAAACAUGGAAGAAGGAGAUGAUAGCUGCUAAAAUCCCCUACACUGAAGAACUUGAUGUUGUGAAACUGCUUGUCGACAAUGCUACCAUCAGUGAGUGGAAUUUGGAAGGACUGCCAAACGACGACCUGUCCAUUCAGAACGGUCUUAUUGUAACCAAGGCCUCCCGCUAUCCCCUGCUCAUUGACCCCCAGGGGCAGGGCAAAAUCUGGAUCAAGAAUCGUGAGUCAAAGAACGAGCUCCAGCUAACAUCCCUCAACCACAAGUACUUCAGGACCCACCUAGAAGACGCCCUGUCCCUUGGGCGGCCUCUGAUUAUUGAAGAUGUUGGAGAGGAGUUGGACCCCGCCCUAGAUAACGUGUUAGAGAAGAACUUCAUCAAAUCGGGCUCAACAUUUAAGGUGAAAGUUGGAGACAAGGAGGCUGACAUUAUGAAGGGUUUCAUGCUGUACAUCACUACUAAGUUGGGUAACCCGACCUACACACCUGAAAUCUCCGCCCGCACGUCCAUUGUAGACUUCACUGUCACCAUGAAGGGUCUGGAGGAUCAGCUGCUAGGUGUGGUCAUCCUCACUGAGAAACAGGAACUUGAGCAAGAGCGUACACACCUUCUGGAGGAAGUGACGGCCAACAAGCGUAAGAUGAAGGAGCUUGAAGACAACCUGCUGUACCGUCUCACAUCCACCGAGGGCUCCCUUGUUGAGGAUGAGUCGCUCAUUGAGGUGCUCUCUACCACCAAGCAUACUGCGGAAGAGGUCAGUGAGAAACUGAAGAUUGCCGCGGAGACCGAGAUCAAGAUCAACACGGCUAGAGAGGAGUUCAGACCUGUCGCCAACCGGGGUAGUAUCAUGUACUUCUUGAUCGUGGAGAUGAGUAUGGUCAACAUCAUGUACCAGACCUCCCUGCGUCAGUUCCUUCAACUGUUUGACUUGUCCAUGGCGAAAUCCCAGAAGUCUCCGAUCACGGCUAAAAGAAUCCACAACAUCAUCGAGUACCUGACAUUUGAGGUGUUUGCGUACACAGCCCGAGGUCUGUUUGAGGCUGACAAGUUCCUGUUUACCAUCCUGAUGACCUUGAAGAUAGAGAUCAACAACAACCGGAUCUCACACACGGAGUUCCAGUGCUUCAUCAAGGGUGGUGCUGCUCUGGACUUGAAUGCUGUAGAACCCAAGCCAAGAAAGUGGAUUCUGGAUAUGACCUGGCUCAACUUGAUUGAGUUAGGAAAACUGCCACAAUUCUCCCAAAUCAGCUCACAAGUUGGGAGAAAUGACAAGGCCUGGAAGGCGUGGUUUGAUGAGGACGCCCCUGAGGAGGUUCCCAUCCCAGAUGGGUACGCCACCACCCUCGACACAUGGAAGAAACUUCUCCUGAUCCGUGCAUGGUGCCCGGACAGAUGUAUCCCCAUGGCCAGGAAAUACAUCUCUGAAGCUAUGGGAGCUAGGUUUGCGGAGGCAGUGAUUUUGAACAUGGAGACUAUGCAUGCUGAGUCUACAACGAGAACACCACUUAUCUGCUUCCUCACCAUGGGAUCUGAUCCCACAGAGAACAUCAUGCUGCUCGCCAAGAAAUUGAACAUACAAUGCAGUGCGAUCUCCAUGGGUCAGGGUCAGGACGUACAUGCUCGUCGCCUGCUGUCCAUCUCCAUGGCCGAGGGCAAGUGGGUCCUACUCCAGAACUGCCAUCUUGGUCUCGACUUCAUGGAUGAACUUCUAGAUACUGUGACAAACACCGAGAACCAGCAUGAAUCUUUCCGUUGCUGGCUGACAUCAGAGGAGCACCCGAAGUUCCCCAUCAACCUACUGCAGUCUUCCAUCAAGUUCACUAAUGAGCCCCCACAGGGAGUGAAGGCUGGUCUCAAGAGAACAUAUGCCCUUGUGACACAGGAGCAACUUGAGUACAGUAACCUGCCACAGUGGAAGCCCAUGUUGUAUGGCGUGGCAUUUCUCCACACGACUGUUCAGGAGAGGAGGAAGUUUGGACCAAUCGGAUGGAAUAUCCCUUACGAGUUCAACCAAUCAGAUUUCACUGCCACUGUGCAGUUUGUGCAGAACCACUUGGAUGACAUUGAUCCCAAAAAGGGUGUAUCAUGGACAACAGUGCGCUAUAUGAUCGGUGAGGUACAAUAUGGGGGUCGUGUCACGGACGACUAUGACAAGCGUCUACUCAACACAUACUCCCGAGUAUGGUUCAGUGAGGGCAUGUUUGCCGACUCAUUCCAGUUCUACACAGGUUACAAGAUUCCUAGGUGCAAGAACCUGGCAGAGUACGUAGCAAACAUUGAGAGUCUGCCAUUGUCUGACAGCCCAGAAUGCUUCGGUCUCCACUCCAAUGCUGACAUCACGUAUUCCACCAACACAGCAAACACCAUGUUGGAGACGAUUGUGAACAUUCAGCCGAAGGAUUCCGGUGGCGGCGGUGGUGAGACCCGUGAGAGCGUUGUGUAUAAGCUGGCUGAUGACAUGCUGGAAAAACUCCCAGAAGACUAUAUUCCUCACGAGGUGAAAGAGCGCCUGCGUAAGAUGGGCCACCUUCAGCCAAUCAACAUCUUCCUGCGGCAGGAGAUUGACCGCAUGCAGAAGGUCAUCACCCGUGUAAGGCUCGACCUUAAGGACCUGAAACUGGCCAUUGACGGCACCAUCAUCAUGAGUGAGAACCUGAGAGAUGCCCUGGAUAACAUGUUUGACGCUCGUGUUCCAACAUCAUGGAAAAAGAUUUCCUGGGAGUCGGCCACACUUGGUUUCUGGUUCACGGACCUUCUUGACAGGAACAGUCAGUUCAACUCCUGGCUGUUUGACGGCCGCCCAACAACUUUCUGGAUGACAGGAUUCUUCAACCCUACUGGUUUCCUGACUGCUAUGAGACAGGAGAUUACCCGAGCCCAUAAGGGCUGGGCGUUGGACUCUGUGAUUCUGGACAAUGACGUCACCAGGAUGAUGAAAGAAGACGUCCACAGUCCGCCUGGAGAAGGUGUGUACAUCUAUGGUCUGUUCCUGGACGGUGCUGGCUGGGACCGACGUAACGCCCGCCUGAUUGAACCAACGCCCAAGGUGCUGUACACGAUGAUACCCGUGGUGCACGUGUUUGCAGUGAACCAGGAGAAGAGCAAAGUGCAGAACAUGUAUGAAUGUCCCGUGUACAAGAAGCCCAGACGUACGGAUCUCACCUACAUCUUCCCGCUCGCACUAAGGACGAACAAGAAUCCCGACCACUGGACGCUCCGUGGUGUUGCGCUACUCUGCGACACCAAAUAAACUGUUUUUCUGAAUUCUAGGCGCUCCAUCAAGUGACUCUACUGUAUGACACCAUACUAACUGUUAUUUACUAUGAGAAUUAUGUUUGUGUUGUGAGGUUUUUCUGUACUGUAACAGUGUUUAAAUAUGAGGAUUGGACUAGAAUUAUGUUUGACAGUAUAAUGUCUUACCACAGAAAAACUGUGAUUUUAAAUUUUUCAAUUUAUAACUUAUGUACUGAACUUUGAUUGUGACUUUUUUUAUUUUUUUUAUUUUGUGAUUAAUUCAUAUUGAGAUGUGGUUUGAAGUAGUAAAUCUGUGAUGUGUUUGUGCUGAUAUUUAUACUUUAUACAUAUAUUGUGAUAUCUUAUAGAUACUGAUCCGUGUUUUGCAUUUAUGUUAGGUAGUCUAACAAAAUGGUACAAUGUCAAUAAAGUUUUUGGUGAAGAUAUAUUUCGACAUGAUGAACGCUAUGUUUUUUCCCAGUGUAUUUUAUCUUGCUGGGAAGUUUGAAAUGGUGUUUGUUUGACUAUUUCUUCCGCAUUUAAUUCUUAAAUAUUUAAUUUAAUGUUUAUUGUGUUUGUAUUAUAUUUUUGAGACUAAAUAUAUAUCAUAAUGUAUUCUUUUGUUACAUAAUUUUUAAUUUUAUUAAUAAUUGAAAUAUUUUGAGUAUUAUAAUGCUGUUUUCUUUACCUUUAUAUACUUGUGUAUCAGAUUUAAUCUGUAAUUAUAAGAUUCAACUAAUUAAAAUGUUAGAAAUUAAACUAGCAACAAGUACCGUCCAUUUAUUAGAUAUAAAAACUCCGUCCAUUUAUAUGAUUUUGUUAUACCUUUCUAAAGUCGUUUUUAUAUUUGUUGACAAUGGUUGUGAAAUAAAUAAUAUUUUCUA